GACGUCAAAACAGCAAUGCGAUGAUCACUAGGAUUAUUUUGGAUCCGUGGUGGGAGCACUGAAGAUAAUACAAAGGAUCAGACCGCUGACAUAGGUUACAUAUGUUACCAGGUGCGUGUGUGGAAUGUGUGCAGGAUGAGCAGCACAUUUGUCACAUUAGCUGAAGUUCUGGAGGCACGAGGGGGACCUCUGCUGGAGGAAGAGGUCUGGUCCGUGCUGCUGGGCACUGCAGAGUCUUUAGUGGAUGUCUCUUAUAAGGGCCAGAACAAUAUGUGUAAUAUCAUAAGCCCCACCUCCUUGCUGCUAUCGGCCACUGGUACCUUAGCAUUUAAGAACUGUGGCCUAUCAGAUGAGGUAUCCACCUUCACUGCUCCAGAGAUGCUGCAGGGCCGUGCCAGCUCAACCAAACCUGCCAUGGAGAGGAUGCUGGUGUAUUCACUGGGUAUGACUCUCUACUGGUCAGUUGAUUUUCAGCUACCUCAAAAUCAGCCAGUCCAGUUGAGUGACCAUCUAAACAGCCUCCUGCUCAGCAUGUGUGAGGACCUGGCCCACCGCAGGGUCAAUCUCAACUCCAUCCUGGAAGCCUGUGAAUCUCAGCAUAAAGCCACCAUCCUGCCGCCGCCUGCCAAAGUCAUCAGACAGCUGGUGGAGGAGGUUUUUCAUGAUUCAAUGGACCAGGGCUCUCUGCCAGAAAGUCACGUCCCUUUGAGUGGCAGGAGCCAGAUGAUCAGAGAGAGGCUUCAUGGAAAGAGAGGGCCACUCUCAGACUUCAGUGAAGGCAGUGCUGAAGGGAGAAGAUACUCAACGGACUCUGACUCAAAGUCAGGGAGUUUACCUCAUCAGAGACCAUGGAGACAAAGACCAAGAAGCUCUCCCACACCGCUGUACCAUUCUUCUUUAGACAGAAUCCCUCGUGGGGUCCGUCACAGGGACAGCAACUGCAGUUGGGUUGGUAGGAGCCCCCAUCACGACAUCUCUCCGAAAACAUCAGGCAGAUCUCACAGUCCUUCCAUCACCUUCAGCGAGUCCUCGCUCAGCCUGAGCCAGAGGAAAGCUAAGGCUUUGGGUCCUGAAUUCGUCAGAAUGCCUGAUGAACAACAAAUUGUUCUUGAGCUUCCAGGAUCUAUUGUGUCCAGAAAGGGCCGCUCGUGUUCGUCUCAGAGAGAAGUGACUGUAGUGCUGCCUAACGGACAGUACGUGGUGGUUCGCUGUGACAAUAAGUCCAAAGCAAGAGAUGUGUUUGACAUGGUGGUGGCUCACGCAAACUUGGUGGAACACUUCUACUUUGGUCUAGCCUUUAUAGAUGAUGAUGAAUAUUUCUUCUUGGACAAUGAAGUAAAAAUCUCCAAAGUUGCGCCUGACAGUUGGAAAAAAGGGCAGAUGUUAUCCUUUUUGGUGUUUCUUCGAGUCAAAUUUUUCGUUGAUGAUAUGUCCUUCAUUUUGCACAGACUGACCCGUCACCAGUACUACUUACAGCUCCGCAAUGAUCUCCUAGAGGACAGGCUGUACUGCAAUGAGGAGACAGGUCUCUUUCUGGCUGCUCUUGCUCUGCAGGCUGAGUUUGGUGAUUACAUGCCAGAGCUGUAUGGUAAGAAUUACUACCAGCCGGAGCAUUAUGUGUCCAAGAGGAUGCUAGAGAAGCUGGCCCUGCCCAACAUCAAGGAAGAGUUGCCAAGACUACAUGCAAGUCAUGCCCAGAUGCUUCCUGAAGAGGCAGAAAUAGAGUACCUAAAGAUUGCCCAGCAGUUACCAGAGUAUGGGGUUAUGUUCCACCGUGUGGGGAGAGAGAAAAGGCCAGUGGUUGGAGAGUUGGUUUUGGGAGUCUGUGCCAAAGGAAUCGUUGUGUACGAGAUGAAGAACCACCUCCGCACUGUCACCAGACGCUUCCUCUGGAGGGAAACUGACACCAUAUCGACUGGGCGACGUAAACUGAUUAUAGAGUGUGGCGGGCCCAGCGGGAAAAAGCACAGCUUUAUAACAGAAAGUUCAAAAAUAGCACAGUACCUCCUGAACCUCUGCUCAGCACAGCACAAGUUUCAUAGCGAGAUGUCGUCACGACAGCUUAACCACACCAUGAUACCAGAUGAAAACGAGGAUAAGUACAUGUCUGUGUACCGGGGUCGUAACUCGAGCCUGAAGAGGAUGUCCUGCUCAGAGGGCAUGUUGAACCAUGUAGGUUUGACACCUGGUCAGCCAGACUCCCUGUCCAAGUCCUGUGACAACCUGACGGCCAAGCUGGAGGCGAGGCUGCGCCAGCAGAGGGAGAUGAGGAGGGAGAUGAGCAGAGAGAUGAACAAGGAGCUUGGGGAAACAGGAGACCUCACAAAAGAGCGACAGUGUUGGAGCACUGCAGAGACGAUUCCCAGAAUGAUGUCCAGUGUCUCGCUACAGAAGCAGGACUCUGACACUUCUUCUUCUAUACGAGUUGAUACACCAACCAGGACCCCACCAGAGAGAGAGAUAGUCUGUGUGUCCCUGAAGAAAGAUCCCAAACUGGGCUUUGGCUUUGUGAUCGUGGGAGAGGACAAUACAGGUAAACUUGACCUUGGGAUCUUCAUUGCUUCCAUUGUGCCUGACGGGCCUGCAGACAAAGAUGGAAGAAUCAAACCCGGUGGACGUCUAAUCUCCCUAAACAAGACUAGUUUGGAAGGAGUGAUAUUCAGCGACGCUGCUGCUAUCUUACAGAGCAGCCCUGAUGAGGUGGAGCUCAUUGUGUCCCAGCCGAAACAGUCUCAGGACAGACGUAGUUCCUUGAGUCAAAGUACUCUUGGUUUGGCAUUGGAGAGGAGCUUCGGCUCACAGACCACACUGAGCGGCACAGACUACCGUCCUGUCGUGGAGGAACUGGAGGAGGCCAUCUCGCUGUCCAACAUGGCAACCCCAAAACAGAGCAGGAGGCUUCACAUUCCUGUUGUGCGAAUACACGACGCCCAGGACCCGUGCUCCAGAUCUCCCUCUAUCUUAAGUUUGAGAAGUGGAGAGCAGUUUUUAAUUGAGCUUAAGAAAAGCAAUGGCAGUCUGGGCAUCAGUGUUGCUGGAGGAGUAAACACCAAUGUGCGAUACGGAGGCAUCUACAUCAAGAGUCUGGUGCUUGGAGGUGCUGCAGAGCAGGACGGGCGCAUUCAGAUCGGUGACAGACUGCUGGAGGUUGAUGGGUCCAACCUGAGGGGUGUGACUCACCACCAAGCUGUCGAGUGCCUGAAGAGGACUGGGGAGGUGGUGAACCUGCUGUUGGAAAGGGAGCCCACGGUAAUCUUGGAGCCCAGACCUGACUCACCCUGCCUCCCGUUGGCCCACAGUUCAUCACAUACACAAUCCCUCAGGACUGAAGUCUCCAUGGAAACGACCUUGAGUGGUCGAGCCAAGGACUACAGCUUUGUGACUGAUGAAAACACACAUGAAGUGGUGCUGAAGAAGAGUCUGUCUGGCCUCGGCUUCAGCUUUAACAUCUCACAUCUUCGCUCGGGGCCCGACCGUGGCAGCGUGGUCCGCAUCAAACGUCUGUUCCCCGGUCAGCCAGCGAUAGAGAGUGGUCUGCUGCAAGCGGGAGACAUCAUUCUGUCCGUCAAUAACCAGCAUGUAAAGGACCUCUCUUACCAGAGGGUUUUGUUCCUGUUGCGAGGAGCUCCAUCUGAAGUUCAUCUGGUGAUCUGCAGACCAGGUCCUGGAGUGCUAUAUGACGUAGAUGACAACACACUGAGUCCUGCACUCUUCCGUGAGGUUCGAUCUCGGUCUCUGGACAUCCGGCUAGGAGAGGACUACAGCCACUUUAAUUAUGAUGUUAAAAUAUCAGCCCUAAAGACGACCCCAACCCUUGAGGAAGAUCUGAAAAACACAAGAGAGAGAGAGAGAAGAGAGAGAAGCCCAGAUCCUCCUGCAGUUCAAGCACCUGCUGAGACCCAGGAGAGGCGUGCGGGUGAAGCAAAGGCCACCCAGACUCCUCCAUCACGUCCUCGCUCACCUCCGUCGCCCACCUCACCUACUUCACCUCCGUCACCAGUCUCGCCUGCCUCCCCUGUAUCCCCCGCCUCACCUGCCUCACCAGCCUCACCCACCUCACCUGCCUCACCUGCCUGUGGCUCUCCACCAGCAGCAGCAGAAUCCCCACAAACCACUGGGAAACCACAGGAACAACAGGAAGCAGAAGCAAAGAGGAAGACCGAGGGAGGGGAGGAGGUUGCAACAACAACAACAAGCUCAACUGUGAUGCUUAUGGAUGUCUGUCCUAAGACUGGUUCCAACUACGAAUAUACCAGUGGCAUCAGAGAGGAAGCAGAUGGAAGUGUGACCUACUGCCUGAUGGGAAAUGGACUAACUAUCAUGGCAGAUGAAGAGUACCUGACGAUCAGCUCCACACUGGAGCCUCCUCACAGCCGUUCCUCCAGUCUGGUCACUCACACUCCAGCCACCAACCUUGCAGGCCUCCACUCUCAAACCUCCAACAGCUCCUCGAGUUUCAGCUCUCAGAAUCCAAACCUCGGCCCUCACGUCCCCACCACCACCUCGCCCCUCAGCCUCUCAUCCGACACCCCAACCACUUGCCCGCUGGCCCACCCAUCCCAACCACUCACAACCCAGCCACCGAAAUCCAAGCACCAUCUGAUCCAGCAGGGGCUUCUUCCAAGUCACUACAAAGCCAUCGCCAAAAACAGUAGGCUUAUAGUGCACCCACCUCAGCCUCCUGCUCCACUGACACCCAUCACAGCGCAGGUCGCCCCCUCUGUGCCUCCUUGUUCGAGUCCACCUGCUCCAACGCUGCCGCCCACUUUACUGCCCUCUCCUGCCCAGAGCCACACCCAGCUCAGGGAAGAACCAGAGAAGAAAGAAAGGGAAUACAAGGAUGAUGAUUAUGAAGAAUUAGAGGAUGAGGAGGAAGAAGAGAGUCGAAGAAAGGGAUUGGUUAAAGAGUUUGAACUGACGGUAGUUCUGACCAAGUCCAGGAGCGGAAGCUUUGGUUUCACCAUCACUCGGAGCAAGCUGGACAACUGCUACUACAUACAAGAAAUACUGGACAAUCCAGCCAAAGCAGACGGACGACUCAGAGCGGGAGACAGGCUCAUAACAGUAAAUGGGCAUGAUGUUACCAGUGUGGCAGAUGAUGUUGCCAUGACCAUUCUCAGGUCAUCCCCUCGAAGACUGAGUAUGACUCUGGGGAGGGCUGUUACCAACCUGGUGGUUGCACCAUCUUGUGACAGCCUGCCUGAUAUAGUCCUCUACAAGACACCUUCGGGACAGCUGGGUAUAAAGCUGACAGGAGGCAUUGGCAGCAAAUGGCAGGGCAUCUACUGUCUGCAGGUGGUGCCGGGCUCCCCAGCCAGCGAGGAGGGCAGCGUCCAACCCAAUGACAAGAUCCUCUACAUCUGCGGCAGGUGCACCCUAGGAAUGACCCUGGAGGAUGCAGUCAAAGCCUGUGAGCUUGCCCCUCGUAAAGUUAAGCUGAAAGUCAUCAGAGAAGACCAGCCAGUGACCCCCAAGGCGAAGUGGAACGGUCUGUUUGACUGGAAAAAGGACAGGAAGUUCUUUGCUCGUUUCGAAGAACCCGUCUCUCCAGAAAAAGAGUCUCCUACAGAAGAUGUUGAAGCUGUGUGUCGGACUUCUGGGAAUUUCAGAUGUCUCUCUCUCACACAAGAGCACGAUAGUUGCAUCAUGCAAGUAGAGUUCACAAAACCAGAAGGAGGCGGCCUCGGCUUUGCCCUGAUCGGGGGAACCAAUGGCAGCAUGCUCAGAGUGAAAGAAAUCUGCUCUGGAGGAGUAGCGGAGCAGGACGGUCGGCUGAGAGUGGGAGAUAUUCUAUUAGAGGUGAACGGUGUGAUUGUGUCCGGGUUGAGCCACAGUAAAGUGGUGGAUAUCCUGCGUAAAGCUGAGGGCAGUGUGCAGCUCACCAUCUGCAGAGACAUCCUGCCCCUGACCUACCACGAGUCACCUACACCGCCCAACAUGUCCGCUCAGACCGAAGCUAUUUUAGCCGAGCAGCCGGCUCCUGUGUCCAGCCCGGAUACCUGUCCCUCACCUGACGUCAUGCUGAAGAAGCCAGUUGAGCACCCCCCAGUCUCAGAGGCGACUUCAGACCCUGUGGUCAGUGAAGCUGAUGUGGUCGUUUCCUCACCACCUCCUCCACCACGCCGACUGACUGUCAUAACAGAUGACCCUGAAAUUGCACAGGAGAGCUGUAACAGCACCCCUUCUCAUCAAGCUUGUUGCCCGUCCCUCAAUGUCACUGACAUGUUGCAUGGAGCUUCUGACAGGAAACAAAUUGUGACCAAACUUUUGGACCGGUCCUGCAAAGACAUCCGGAAAACCCAGUCAGACGGCUGGAGCAGUGAAGAAGAAGAUGAUGUCUUUGACGGCACCAGUCGGGAAAUGACCUCAACUCAAACAGGCCCACCCAUAGUGUCAGAGGAGGAACUGGCCAGUUUAGCUCUCAUUAGCCCCUCCAAGACCAGCCAGUACUCAGGCUCCAGGGUCAAAGCUCUCAUCCAGAUUCUGCAGCAUCAACUGGACCAGCAGGAACUGGUCAAAGAGUUCAUGGCUCUGGAGCACCUGAAGCCCUCUGACAACUGUCUGGUGGGAAAAGCCCCCGAGAACAGAGACAAGAACCGCUACAGAGACAUCCUGCCCUAUGAUGAAACCCGUGUUGCCAUUGGAGACAACCAGGAGUACAUCAACGCCAGUUACAUCCGCAUGCAAGUUGGCGAGGAAGAGUUCUUCUACAUCUCCUGUCAGGGUCCUCUCCCUUCCACAGUGCCGGCCUUCUGGCAGAUGAUCUGGGAGAACAAAUCCGACGUUAUUGCCAUGAUGACCCAGGAAAUAGAACGGGGACGGAUUAAAUGUCACAAGUACUGGCCAGAGAAGCUGGACAUGCCUCUGGACACCGGCAGGUACCAGCUCCACCUGGAGAACCAACAGUACCUGGAGUAUUUCCACAUCAAGAUCAUCCGCAUGGUGGAGACAGAGACUGGCGAGACACAUUUUGUCCGUCACCUGAAGUUCACACACUGGCCUGACCACGGAGUGCCCAAGAGCUCUGAGCAGCUGGUUCGCUUCAUCCGCUACCUGAGGGCGGUGCACCACAAGGGACCAGUCACUGUGCACUGCAGCGCGGGCAUCGGACGCACAGGAGUUCUCAUCUGCACUGACGUUAUCCUCAGCCUCAUUGAGAACGAUUUGCCUAUUAAUGUAACUGACGUCGUAAAAGAGAUGAGACUUCAGCGGCAUGGGAUGAUUCAAACCAAGGAACAGUACUUCUUCUGCUACAAAGUCUGGCUGGAGGUUUUACAGGGCAUUUUACAGCUUCACGGCAACCAAUGGCAACCGGAAAGUCCCCGAGACCACAAAGUAGUUUGAAUGUUUCCACCUCCAGUUCACCGACCUGUAAAGCACAGACUGCGUAUGAGUAACCACGUCUAUCACGGCAUAGACUGCUGAUACUUUUUUCUUUGGCUGUAGUUAGUUUAGUUAGCGAUAAUAAGAAAUCUGUACUUCUCUGUUUUGAUACUUUGUGUUGAGGAGGCCUGUUGUUUUAGACUUCAACUGUAAUGUUUUUGUUCUGGUAUGUGCUCUCGGUGCUGUGAUAAUGUCAAUUUAAUUUAGAUCACCGAGGUUGUUUUGCCUUUUUGGGCUUAGUGAUUUGCCUUCUGACUCUAGCAUCUUUUUUAAACUUUGUGUCACUAUUUGAAUGUAUCUCAUUUAUUUCUCUCCAUUGUCCUUUAAUUUGCAUUUAUUUGUAACUGUCAUAUUGCAUGGACUUUAAAAUCUGAUAAUAUUCACUUCUUUUAUCUGUCAUCAAAGUGCACAAGUGAACAUACGAUCAUCAUACCAAAGGGAAUAUCUGUUGAUGAGUAGCAUCUGAUUAAGCAUUGUGUUAUCAUUUCAUUAAGUGCAUUUGUACCCUGGAGAAAAGGGCAUUAGCAAAAGAACACUAUUGAUUUUUCAGUUCAUCAUCUACGGAAAUGAAAAGAAUCAAGUGCCUUGGAAUGACUCACACCGAUUGCUCCACACUGACCCCGAGCUACUUGUCACAAGCAGUUGGGGACAGAGAGCAAGAAACUGAUUUGAGAGCACCCGGUGAUGGUUAGAUUGAAUGUGCAGCUUUCAGUCUGUUUGUGGUCUGUGGACGUUUGGUUGAUCCAAACCGGAGGAGGAUUACAUCUCACCUUUUAGUUCAAGUGUAACUUAGAAACGACGUAAAGUUUGCACACCGCCUGUCAAUCUUUUUUUCUUUGUGGGCCCAUUUUAUACAAAACACUGUCACAACGAAAGUCUUACUACACAUCAACACAACUUGCACACCCUGAUACAGAUAAAGAAUGAUUCAACAUAACAAAUUUUUGGAUGAAUUCAUAAAUUUUCAAAUCAACCUUUUACUAAAAUUUGGACAAAGUAUUAACACUAAAUAUUGAGAUUUUUUGUAAAAUGUACAAAAGUGGUUUAAAUUCAUUCAUUUUGGGGCUGUUAGGUGUAAUUUGUUAUGUAAUCACAUCCUUUAUCUGUAUUCCAUAGCUAUUUUAAUACAAACUCAGCCAAAAAUGCAAAAAAUAUGAGGUUUACAAACUUUCCAUUUUGCCACUUUAGAUGUAUAUGAUGUACAAAGCAAUGAAGCUGCAUCUCCAAGUCACAGAUCAAAGAUGAUUUAUAGCUGCUGGUUUGAACCUCAACCUUUGGAUGUAACUGCUUGUAAGCUUUCUUCUUUUAGCUGCUAUAACACACACACGCACACACACACACAAACAUACACACACCAGCUCUCUUAUUGCAUGCAGACUUUUAAAGUACAGAAGUCUGAGCCUGGAGUUUGGCUGAAUGACUUGAUCAAAAUGUGGAAUGUAACAAAGCAAUACUCUCCACUAGGAGGAGAGAUCUGAAUGUCAAUCUCUUACCUGAUCACAUCUUCCAAACUGUUUGGAGCAUGUCGGUAAGACACAUGCAGUACUGUACCUUUGCCAUGUGGAUGGCUACGCAGAGCCAUCAGCCUCCGUGCUGUGUAUGCAACAUCAUCUCAUCAAUGCUGGUCGGUUGGUUCCCAGCGAUAGGUGUUAUGUGCAAGUUCAUGUUGAUAUGUUUUCUCCCUCCGAUCUUGAAAAAUACUUAUUCUUGGAAAGAACAAACAAAAGCACAUUUUGCAUUCAUCUGUGAAAAAUGCAUCUUGUACAGUAAAGUCAAAGCAAGUGCUUAUGCAACAGCAUUGUGAAAUGUAAUAACCCUUAAUUGCACAACUGCUUAUUUAUGCUAAAUUAAUCUCUUGUCACUGUACCAGCCACUAUGUAACCAAUAACUGAGAACAAUGUAAUACCUCUCUCUUUAAUUAAAAACUAUUGUGAAA